AUGCGUUUGUCAAGGUUCUGGUUCCUGCUCCUCGCGGUCGCGAUCCUCAGUAUCUGCGUUCAGGCUAUGGAUGGAGAAGAGGGGACUUCGGUCACAGACAGCAAAGGAAAGGCAGCAGCCACGGAGGUUGAAGGAAACGCAGCGACCGAACAGGAGGCAUCUCUUGCUCCAAUCUAUCAAAAGGAGUUCAAUCCUCCCGAGUGGAAAAAUGAAAAGUUCCGCGCACAAUGGCCCGAAAGGGCCAAGAGACUGUUCGAACAGCGAAAGAAAGCGAAGGAGCACUACAAAAAUUGGCGACCGGUGUACGGAGACUACCGCGCCGCAAAAAAGGUGUGCGAAGAAGCUGAAGCGUCCAACAACGACGAAUUUAAACAAUACGCCAAGAAUUAUUAUGAACGCGUCAGCAAAAAAACAUCCAAUAGUGACCGGAGAUAG